AUGGAAGUGCAAAAAGUUCUUCACAUGAAUGGUGGGGCAGCAAAGACAAGCUACGCUUGUAAUUCAUCUUAUCAGAGACGUGGCCUGGACAUGCUCAUGCCCAUAACUGAGAAGGUAGUCAUGGAUGUACUUUCAACCCAUUUAGGUGAGAGCAUGAAAAUUGCUGAUUUAGGAUGCUCUUCAGGGCCGAACACCUUCUUGGUCUUGACUACGAUGGUCAGGGCAGUGGCAACAAAGGUCCGGCUUGGUUUCAGGCCAAUGCCUGAAAUUCAGUUGUAUCUCAAUGACCUGCCUGGAAAUGACUUCAAUUGGCUUUUUAGAGCUUUGCCUUCUUUCCACGAGAGACUGAGAGAAGAAGGGGCCUUUGGCUCUUGCUUUGUCGCUGGUGUUCCUGGAUCUUUUUAUGGGAGGCUCUUUCCUAGCAAUAGUUUGCAUCUUGUGCACUCCUCUUAUGCCCUGCAUUGGCUAUCUAAGGUGCCUUCGGCAUUGUACAAUGAGGAAGGGAUUCCAUUUAACAAGGGAAACAUUUACAUAUCUGAAUCUAGCCCUUCUUGUGUGCCAAGAGCAUACUAUCAGCAAUUCCAAAAAGAUUUCUCACUAUAUCUCAAAUUACGGUCUCAAGAGGUGGUCACAGGGGGAAGGAUGGUGUUAAUACUUUUUGGUCGGAGGACUGUAGAUCCUUAUGAUAAAGAGGGUGCUUUUAUAUGGGAAGCAUUGAGUCGUGCUGUUAGAGAUCUUAUUUUGCAUGGUUAUAUAGAUGAAGAAAAACUGCAUUCAUUUGAUCCUCCUUACUACACACCUUGUGGGGGAGAGGUUGUACAAGAAGUGAAGAGAGAGGGGUCUUUUACCCUUGAGCGCUUUGAGCAAGUGGAGAAGUCUCCCUGUGGCAUUAAUGGAAAUGGGAAAGACAUGGCAUUAGCCAUGAGAGCUGUGAUGGAGCCCCUCAUCAUUCACCAUUUUGGAGAGGGAAUCAUGGACAUGCUUUUUGAAGCAUAUGCUAGACAUGUAGCAGUGGAAAUGGCAAAGGGGUACAAAAAGAUUCAUCUGGUUCUAGUCUUGAAAAAGAUCAAGUGA